ACUAGCUUUGACCCCCCCACCAACCCGAACCACGUCUCCCUCCCGUUUGUUGUUGUUGGCCUCUGUCUUUGUCACGUCACACGCUCUCCCCUGCUCUUUAGGAGCGCGUCCGAACUUCCUACUUCGUAGCAUCGCUGCUACCUCUCCGCCCUCGAUCGUCACCACUAUUAUCUACGCCCUUGCCUACCUCCCCUUUCCCCCUCAGUCAACUCCGCUCUUCGGUCGAUCCCCUGGCAUCCGGUCCGGGACGAUCCGCACCCAGUUCUCUCCUGACGUCUUGCGCCCGCGCUCCUUUAUCACCGACCAACAAUCAUCAUGAAUGACACCGGCGGUCAUCCAGGCGUGCGGAGCCUGCUCGCUAAGUUCGAAAACAACCAACCCAGUGCCCCCUCACCACCAUCGCGAGGUCGAUCACCUGCCGGCUCUGACAAUUCGGGCUCUGCGAGACCUCUGUCCAAAGUCCGUGCGAGCUUCGUUGCUGUUGACGGGGCCACUCAGCCCAACCCUCUUGCAAAUCUUCGCAGCGUCAGUGUGCGCAGCGACAGCCCCGCCGGUCCAACUCGAGUGAGAAGCUUUCAUUCGGACGACAUGGAAGGCGGUCUGAAGAGUCCACUGUCGCCGACAGGCAAUGGUUUCUCAUGGAGGACCUCUGCACCGUCAGCCACAGAGCCAGAGAUAGCGCCCAAGCCCACCACGGAGAAAGUCGCUACGCCUCUGGUAGAGGAAACUAAGCCAUUGGAGGAUAAAGAAAAUACCCCCGCUGAAAACACCACCGUACCAACUGCAGCAGCGCCAAAGCCCUCGUCACCCAAGAAAAGCGUAGCCUCGCGCCCAGCUGCCAUUCAGGUAGCGAAAACGGCGUCUCCUGCGAAGCCUGCUGUGAAAUCUCCUGCUCACCCUCGUACGCCAAUAUCCCCAGCAAAGGCUGCCGAACCCACAACCAAGACUACCCGGACAUCUAGACCAUCCACCACCGCGAAGCCAAGUUCGCAUGAGCCAGCUAGAACUGCCACUCAGAGACCAAGCCGGGCGUCCUUGAACCCUGCGACUAAGCCUGCUACCAGAGCCGUGCGUCCCUCUGCAUCGGCUCGGGAUUUGACUAAACCCACGGCGUCGAGUGUUUCCCGCACCGCUAAACCGGCGUCUACUGCUACUCGCCCUGCAGCAACCACGUCGACCGCAUCUACAACGGCCAAGAAGGGAACUCCUGGAGCACCCACCGCUCCUCUGUCGCGCAAGCCAUCCACGCUGAAGAAUGCGAGCGCCACAACUCAGCGUCGCGCCAUCACCCCAACGGCUGCGAGUCUUCGCAAGCAAGCCCCUCGCGCUUCCCCUCCCGAGAGGCCCCACUCACGGACGAGCAAUACUAGCUCCAAGCCUGUGGACGAGGGCUUCUUGGCGAGAAUGAUGCGCCCGACGGCAAGUUCUGCCAACAAGUCGCAUGACAAGGUCGACAUCAAGAGUCCACCUCGCCCCGCCAGAACCGCUCAAGCUCCGCGUCGGGUUCCAUCCAUGAACGAGACCCGCACACCGCGUCUGACCAAGCCUGAGCACGGCAAGCAGCGCGGAGCCUCUGCAGAACCGCAGAAGCCUAAGCCCAAGCCGGAGCAGGACGCUGCUUCAAAGGAAACACUGGCAUCGCAUGCUGCCCUCCAAGAAAAGCUUGCGGAGCCCGAGCCUAGCGCUCCGGAGAAGACCCCUGCUGAGACCCCUGCUGUUGAGCAGGAGCCUAAGCAAUCAGUGGUCGAAGAUAUUGAUUCUCCCGUGGCAGAAGACCCUGCCGAGGCCGCCGUUGUUCCCAACGGUGAGGAAGACAGCGAGCAGCCAGCCGUUGUGGAGGAACAGGUUGCUGAAACUCUUCCUUCCGUUCCGGAAGACCACGCCGUCUCCGCAAUUGCUGAGCCUGCCACAGUUGAUGCUUCCGAGUCGGAGGAAUUGGCUGAUGAGGUUGUGCCUGUCGAAGCUCCUGCGGAAACGGUGACAGAGAGUUCCGAGAAAACCCCUGCGGAAGCCGCUAGCGAAGUCGAACAUGAUAUGGACAAGCUUGCCCUCCACUGAAGCAUGACACUGAAUUUGACGGUAGGAAUUUCGACUGGUAGCUGCACCAGGGUUUGAAUAAAACGUUCUAUUCUUCAUUUCCCGUGACAUAUCGUUCUUAUACCCUUGGUAAUUGUGAUGUGGCCCGGUACACACGUCUGUUCUCACAUGCCUUGUCACUUUUUCACAAUCUGUUUUUGAUUUUCUCCUUUCCCUCCUCAUUUUCACUUCUCUUCUUUCGGUUCCAGCGAGCCUCUUGUUCUCUCCAAAGGAACAAGACCGACGAUGGAUGCAUAUCGGAGCAUUGUCCGGUGGAGUUGUUUCGGGAUUCGUCGAUCUUGAUUCUUAGCGCUGUGUACGGAGUACGUCUUGCAUAUGUACUGGGGUUUCAGAUUGAAUUUUGAACUUGCUUGUGCUGCGUAUCUAGUCUGAUAUUGGAAUGUAGGUCGCCUUUGGACUUUGAUGUCGAAACGUGGACUGCGAGCAACU